CUCUCCGCGGCUCUGCCGUCCGUUCUCCUCUCGCCGCCGCCGGCCGCGCCUCCACCCUCGCGGCACUCGCAUGGCGGCGCCGGCUCUCCGUAUCACUGCGCGGCUGGGACUUGCACUUGACGGUGCCACCGCCGCGAGACGGCGCGAGGCCUCGGCGCCUGUGGCGGUGCCGGCCGCGCCGUGGCUGAAGAAGGCGGCGGUCCGGUGUCAGCGAGCCGUCGGUGCCGCUGUUGCCGAGAAGAAGGAUGCGCCGGUAUCGGUUGCGCAGGAUAGAAGCGGCGACGGGGGCGCGGCGCCGGAGCUCACCGUCGUGAUGAAGUUCGGCGGGUCGUCAGUGGCCUCGGCCGAGCGGAUGCGGGAGGUGGCAGACCUCAUCCUCAGCUUCCCCGAGGAGCACCCGGUCGUCGUGCUCUCAGCGAUGGGAAAGACCACCAACAAACUCCUCAUGGCUGGGGAAAAGGCAGUGGGCUGUGGUGCGACCAACGUCUCGGAGCUUGAUGAGCUCUCCUUUGUAAAGGAAUUGCAUCUUGGGACGCUUGAUCAGCUUGGGCUAGAUAGAUCAAUUGUUUGUGGUUUGUUGGAUGAACUUGAACAACUUCUUAAGGGAAUUGCUAUGAUGAAAGAGCUGACUCUUAGGACACGAGAUUAUCUAGUUUCAUUUGGUGAAUGCAUGUCUACAAGAAUAUUUGCUGCACUUUUAAACAAAAUUGGAGUAAAAGCUCGGCAGUAUGAUGCAUUUGAUCUUGGCUUUAUAACUACCGAUGAUUUCACAAAUGCGGAUAUUCUGGAAGCAACUUAUCCUGCUGUUGCAAGGAGGCUACAUGUGGAAUGGAUUAAUGAUCCUGCUAUACCUAUAGUCACUGGCUUUCUUGGCAAGGGAUGGAGAUCUGGUGCAAUAACUACCUUGGGCAGGGGUGGUAGUGACUUGACAGCUACAACCAUUGGCAAAGCCUUGGGAUUAAGAGAAAUCCAGGUUUGGAAAGAUGUUGAUGGUGUUUUAACAUGUGACCCAAAUAUCCAUCCUAAGGCAAAACCUGUGCCAUACUUGACAUUUGAUGAGGCAGCUGAACUUGCCUAUUUUGGAGCGCAGGUUUUGCAUCCACAAUCAAUGCGGCCAGCUAGAGAAGGCGAUGUACCUGUGAGGGUUAAGAAUUCUUAUAACCGUCGAGCCCCUGGUACCCUUAUCACUAAAGCAAGAGAUAUGAGUAAGACUGUUUUGACUAGCAUUGUUUUGAAAUCAAAUAUUACAAUGCUUGAUAUAGUCAGCACACGCAUGCUUGGCCAGUACGGGUUUCUAGCUAAGGUUUUUUCGAUAUUUGAAGACUUGGGCAUCUCUGUUGAUUGUGUGGCUACCAGUGAAGUCAGCAUAUCUUUGACACUGGAUCCAUCGAAACUAUGGAGUUGUGAAUUGGUUCAGCACAAAAAUGAACUUGAUGAUGUCAUUGAAGAGCUUGAGAAGAUAGCAGUUGUUCAUCUACUGCAGAACAGGUCAAUAAUAUCUUUAAUUGGAAAUGUGCAGAGGUCGUCUUUGAUUCUUGAAAAGGCUUUCAAUGUUCUACGAAGAAACGGUGUCAAUGUCCAGAUGAUAUCGCAAGGGGCGUCCAAGGUGAACAUUUCCUUGGUGGUCCAUGACAGUGAGGCAAAACAGUGUGUUCAAGCCCUCCACUCCGCGUUCUUUGAGAAUGGUUUCUUGUUGGAAGCUGAUGAGUUGGAUGUUCUGCAUGAUGGCUUUACAUCGCAUUCCAAUGGCACAAUCCACAGCCAUUAGCCGAGGAUUUGAUAUUCAUCUGUUUGGCUACUGUAGUGCCACUUGUGAUCAAAUCCUGAUCUUUGGUCGAUAUCUAAUGUUUUUAUGAGGCUACGAAGGAUUCGGCUUUAGAGCUACUACCCAUCAGAAGUCUAGGAAUUUGUUCAGAGCCACUACUUAGGAUUUUGGUUAGAGAUUAAUGAUACUGUUUGGUUUUCUGUACAAUUGAUUGAAAGUAUAUACUUAGUUAUCUUGGCCAACCUAUC